UCACUAUCAGGCAUCAUCAGCCUAUAAGCAAUCAAUUUUGCUGUUUUAGACCGACCCUCACAGCAGGUGGGUCCAUCCGAAAUCCACCUGUAUAAAUAAUUGGCCAAAACCCAACCCUCUCGCGAGUGCUCGGUAGGGUUGUGUACCCUAUACCUCAAGAAUAUAAGCAAUACCCGCGUUCGCACCAUCAAGUUGAGUUUCAAUCUCUUUCCACAAUUUUGAUUCGAAUUCAUAUGAUUGACCAUCAAAUUGCUUAUUAUCAAUCAAAUUUUCAGUUCUCUUUUCAGCUAUAAUCGUAAAUCGCUUCAAUUUCUUAUUCCACCACUCUGAAAAUUCAUUAAAAAAGGGAAAAUGAAGCUGACACCGAGAGAAAUUGAAAAGCUGAUGCUCCAUAAUGCUGGAUACCUUGCGCAGAAGCGUUUAGCUCGUGGCAUGAGACUCAAUUACACUGAAGCUGUUGCUCUUAUAGCUACUCAGAUUUUGGAGUUUGUGCAUGAUGGUAACAAUAGCGUGGCUGAGUUGAUGGACCUUGGCAGGCAGUUUCUGGGAAGGAGACAAGUUCUUCCAACUGUUCCUCAUCUGUUGUAUACAGUUCAGGUCGAAGGUACCUUUCCUGAUGGGACAAAGUUAAUCACAGUUCAUGAUCCAGUAGCACGUGAAAAUGGAAAUCUGGAGCUAGCUUUACAUGGCUCUUUUCUUCCGGUUCCUUCAUUAGACAAGUUUCCCACAGUUGAAGACUGUAAAGUUCCUGGUGAAAUAAUAUGUGGAAGUGGACAUAUCAUACUUAACUGUGGAAGGAAAGCCACAAUUCUGAAAGUAGCUAACAUGGGUGACAGGCCGAUUCAGGUUGGGAGCCACUAUAACUUUAUUGAGGCGAACCCAUUCUUGGUUUUUGAUAGAAGGAGAGCAUGCGGUAUGCGGCUAAAUAUCCCGGCAGGGACAGCAACACGCUUUGAGCCAGGAGAUGCAAAAAGUGUUACUCUUGUCAGGAUUGGAGGCAAACAGGUUAUUCGGGGAGGAAAUGGAAUUGUUGAUGGCUCAGUAGAUGAUGCUAAAAUCAUAUCAGUGAUGGAAGCUGUACAUAAAGGGGGAUUUGGUGUUGCAGAGGAAAAUGCAAGUUGCAGAGAAGGUGUCAUCGAAGAAGGGUCUGAUUUAUCUUAUGUGCUUUCUCGUGAAACCUAUGCUAAUAUGUAUGGCCCCACCACUGGUGAUAAAAUUCGUCUUGGGGACACUGAUUUAUUAGCAGAAAUUGAAAGAGAUUUUGCUGUUUAUGGGGAUGAGUGUGUAUUUGGUGGUGGAAAAGUGCUGAGAGAUGGAUCGGGACAAUGUUGUGCAUAUCCAUCAUGUGACUGUUUGGACACUGUCAUAACAAAUGCUGUUAUCAUUGACUAUACUGGAAUAUUUAAAGCAGAUAUUGGCAUAAAAAAUGGUCUUAUUACCUCCCUUGGGAAAGCUGGCAACCCAGAUGUCAUGGAUGAAGUACCUCACGACAUGAUUGUUGGAGUAAAUACUGAGGUUAUUGCUGGAGAAGGAAUGAUUGUAACAGCAGGAGCCAUAGAUUGUCAUGUGCAUUUUAUAUGUCCUCAAUUAGCACAAGAAGCAAUAUCAAGUGGCGUUACUACAUUGGUGGGAGGUGGCACUGGACCUGCAGAUGGAACACGUGCAACUACUUGUACUCCUGCACCACAGCACAUGAAACUAAUGUUGCAAUCAACAGAUGAAAUGCCCCUUAAUUUCGGUUUCACAGGAAAAGGGAAUACUGCCAAAGCAGAAGGCCUGCAUGAAAUAAUCAAGGCUGGAGCAAUGGGGCUGAAGCUUCAUGAAGACUGGGGAACUACUCCAGCUGCAAUAGAUAAUUGUUUGACUGUUGCAGAAGAAUAUGACAUUCAGGUUAAUAUCCAUACAGAUACCUUGAAUGAAUCUGGAUUUGUGGAGCAUACAAUUGCUUCAUUUAAAGAUAGAACGAUUCAUACUUAUCACAGUGAAGGUGCAGGUGGUGGUCAUGCUCCAGAUAUUAUUAAAGUUUGCGGUGUAAAGAAUGUCCUCCCAUCUUCAACUAAUCCAACGAGACCUUACACUAUAAAUACUGUAGAUGAGCACCUUGACAUGCUUAUGGUCUGCCAUCACCUUGACAGGGACAUUAAGGAGGAUGUAGCUUUUGCUGAGUCACGGAUUCGAGCUGAAACAAUAGCAGCAGAAGACAUUUUGCAUGAUAUGGGGGCAAUAAGUAUCAUAGCUUCAGAUUCACAGGCUAUGGGACGCAUUGCUGAGGUGAUUACAAGAACUUGGCAGACUGCCCAUAAGAUGAAGUUAUUCAGAGGAACCCUUGGAAGUAUUGCAUCAGAAAAUGACAAUUUUCGGAUCAAGAGAUACAUUGCAAAGUACACAAUUAAUCCUGCAAUAGCUAAUGGGUUUUCUCAGUAUGUUGGAUCAGUUGAGGUGGGCAAGUUGGCUGAUCUUGUUAUGUGGAAACCGUCAUUUUUUGGGGCUAAACCAGAAAUGGUGAUCAAGGGUGGAAUAAUAGCAUGGUCUAAUAUGGGCGAUCCAAAUGCUAGCAUCCCGACUCCUGAGCCGGUGGUGAUGAGGCCCAUGUUUGGUGCAUUUGGCAAGGCUGGGAGUUCUAACUCAAUCGCUUUCGUUAGCAAGGCAGCUCUGUAUUCUGGGGUGAAAGAACUUUAUGGACUCAACAAGAGAGUGGAAGCUGUAAGCAAUGUGAGGAAACUCUCAAAGCUCGACAUGAAACUCAAUGAUGCCCUUCCCAGCAUCACAGUAGACCCAGAGACCUAUACAGUGAUUGCAGACGGAGAGGUUCUUACCUGUCCAGCAGCUUCUACAGUUCCACUUUCGCGUAAUUACUUCCUUUUCUAGGCCUCAUUGUUCUGAUGCACGCAUCACUCUGAUAUUUUUGGUAAAACAUUUUAAAAUGGUGAAAUAAUAGCAAUGCGACUUCCAAAUGUUGUCGUUUUUGCUGCUUGCACUUGAUUUAUUGAAGUGUAGUAGAAAACAUUUCGUCUCUCUUGUCACAUGUCUACUUGUUCUUCUCUUUGACUAUCCAUCAGUAAUACACGAUUCUCAUUGGAGAAGUAAUCUAGUGCAUCAAUGUAGUGGAAAUGUGAAAUUGAAUAUUUGUCUGUUAAAUGUGAUUCUUAUUAGUGUGUUUAUUUA